GUCUUAUUUGACGUGCCUGCGACCUUCGGAUGGGGUCGCAUUACGCCAUUCCUCAACCUCGCAACACCCGGACACCAGCAGACCAAUGAAGCGCCGUCCGCUGCGCAUCGCGGGCGGCUUCGGGAUCUACGCUAUGUGCAUCUUCCUGUCCACCAUCGCUCUGCAGGCGUUGACCACGCCGUCCCCCGCUCCGUCCUCCUCUUUCCUCAGCAACUUGAAUCCCGUAGAUUCGCUCCUCUGGGGUCGUACGUCCGCGAUCUCUACCAUGGACUUGCGGCUGCGCAACUUAUCCGUACACCGCGUACGAUACGUGGACGACCAGGCGGCCUCAGAGGAAGAACAAGGCGAGGCUGGCGUCCAUAGGACUCUAGUGGACUUCCUGACGACCACGAAGCCUCGAUCAGCGGAAAUUUCCAGCGUAGUGGUCACUUGGGAAGACCAUCCGCUAGCUGCGCAUGCUCGAGCGGAAGACGCACGACUAGAAGACGAAGAAGACGAACGUUCAGCCACACUAGCGGCAGAUUCGAGCGCCGACGCGUAUUCGUACGAGGUGCAAAUUUGGGUCACAGGAUGGGGCCUUGACGCACUUUGGAACGCUGCGAACAAAAGGGUUGUCACAAAAGACCCAUUUUUAGUGUUUUCGGACUUGCCACUAGAGCAUGAAAUGGGAUUUCGCGUGAGAAUGAUGGUCAAAAACACGGAAAAGUCGCUACUCGGGUUCUUGUUGCCGAUGGGAUUCUUCUCCACCGAGACAAACGGGCCGUGGAGUGACGUGGUGACGCUGUGUCCUACACGAGACGAUGAGUUGGAAGCGAUCGUCACGUCCUUGACAGGCAACAAGCCGUUGCUACUGCUACUGGCAGUUUGCAUUGGUUCGAGUUGCCUUGUAGUGGCGCAACUGUAUUUCCGACGAAGACUUGCACUGAAACGACAGCGUAAAUUACUGCAAAUGCAGUCGAGACGCUCGUCCGAGGAGGAUACUGCGAAAGAUAAUACUGAUGGUAGAAGCAGUGGCAAGUCGGUGCAGGAAUUAGAGCACGAAAUCCGCGAUCUCCGUCAAGAACUGGCAGACUCGGAGGACGAGGUGCGGCAACUCAUGCUGUUCAGUGGCUACGGCAUCGAGACGCUGGCUCCGCACGAGCUGGAGCAACUUGAACGCGAACUUAAGCACACGCUUAAGCGUAUCCACCGUAUUAAGAAGCACGGGCCGACACCGGAACAGCCAGAGCCUGUAGACGAACAGAGUCGACGUGAGAGAAGACUCAAGCGUGACGCCAUCCCGUUGACCCCCAUCCACGAGCACCGGUCGUUCUGAUCGAGACCAGCACUUUAUUUAUCUAAACCUCGCUUUAUCUUGUGACUUUUUCAUAUUGUCAUAUCUUGUGACUUUUUUCAUACAUGUAUUGAAAUCGUCCACCGU